CACUGGGAAAUGCCAUAAAAGUGGAGGAAAUCAGAUAGAACCAGAGAGUUCCACUAGCAGUUUGGCAUAGUCUUGGGUUCAUUCACAAAGAGCCAGCCUCCGCGUUUAAAAUCAGAAGUUUUCAGAUGUUGGUAAUGACAGCAUCCCAGAUGAAGAGAGCCCUUCACCCACUCCUUCUGUGCUGUCUGUGCCAGCUGGCGGCAGGUGUGAAGGUGCUGGUGAGCCCACAGGAGGAGGCCAUUGCCCAGCUGGGAGACACAGUCAGUCUGAGCUGCUGGGUGGAGGGUUCGGACUAUGAGGAGGAGCUCCAGUGGAGUCGAAACAGAGGUCUGAUUAACUUGCUGGAGGGAAACCGCCUUAACCAGAGCCAUCUGUGCGUGCAGAACCUGACCCACAAAGACCAUCGGGUCCAAUUUACUUGCAACCUGAAGAAAAACACUAGCAUAUCUGCCUCUGUGAAGAUAAAUGUGCUCUUCCCGCCUGAUCUCUCUGGAGAGGAGAAUGUAACAGUGGAAGAGAGCAGAGAAGCUAAGCUGUCGUGCUCAGUGUGGGCCAACCCCCCGGUUAAGGUCUCCUGGCUGCGCGAUGGUGCUGCUGUGGACCUGCUGAAGGAGGGCUACAAACUCAACCAGGAUAGCUUUGAGGCCAGGCUCAUCAUUAUAAAGCCUCACCGAGACCAGCACCAAGGGACAUACACCUGCGUCACAGAGUCCUCCGAGUUCGGACAGAGGACCAAAUCAAUCCAUGUCACGGUGACAGAGAAGACAAUGUCUUUCCCUCUGGGUGCUGUGAUUGCUGGCUGUGUUGUUGUCCUGUGCACUGCUGCCCUUGCAGUUGUGUCCAGAUGGAGCCAAAUUUCAAAGUGUUGGAAGUAAAGACUCUGAGGCCGCAUCAAUCUCACACAAACCUGAGAGAAGAUAACUGCUUAAACAAAACAACUGACUAAUGCUGAAUAUGAUAUUUAAAUUACAUUUCUUUUUAAAUAUACAGCGAAUCAUGAUUUUGGUACAAUAUGACAGCAAGAGCUGAAAGUGUUGCAGAUGGGGUAAAAGGUCCAAAGUUCCAUCUCACAGAAAAAUAUGAAUCAUUCAUCCUCAAUUUUCACAAUCUAAAAAGAAUAAGUAACAUAUUAUCAUCAUCUAUUACUUUGCAGAGGGAAUAAAGCCAUUACACUAAGUUAAAUAUUGAUGCUUCAGGUCAAAGGCACACUCCAUCACUAGCAAGAAGGGUCACUGAAGAGAACAACCUGUCAGCCAGAUAUAUAUUAAAUACAGAAUUAUAGAAUGAGGUAAAGGAAUCAUGUGUUUUGAAUGAUUUCGAAUGAAUGGCUUAACUACAAGCCUUUGGAUGAAUGGAACUGCUGUUGCUGUACUCUAAGUUAAUGUCUAUUUCAAAUAAAUAGCUCAUUUUAUUCACAAUAAGCUUCCUUUGGUGAAUGUGAAGGCUGGAAAACCUUUCAUGCAAGGUUUCUCUUUGCUAAAUUAUUUCAGUAAGUACGCUAACUUCAAAGAGGUAGGAAGGAUUGCUAAAAUAACUAACAGUGUAAUGAUAGGAGCAGAGCAGAACUUUCCCACUGUAAACAGUCAGUGGGAAUUUAAUCCCCAUGAGCCUGCUGGGUCAACCCUGCAGCUGAUGAAUGUGUGUAGUGAGGGGGGGGUAUGUAUUUGGACAGAACAGUUCUUAUAUAAGAGGCUCUGUAUGUGUGUGUGGCAGAGAGAGGGAGAAAGAAAGCGAGAGAGAGACUGCAGUCUGGACUCCCCUCUCCAGAGCCUCACUGCUUAUCUUGCAUCUUCUUUCAAAUUCUCCACAGAGAGAAUAGAAAUGAACAAGUGUUCUAUUUCUAUGACUGAGAGUCACCCUUAACUGCUAUCAGCCUGUAGCUGACAUUCUACAGUUGAAGUGAACUGUAAUAAACCAAACUCGGAAAACAUUUAGCAUAUAGUGUUCUUCCGAAAGCCUUACGCCAAGCCCUUAAGGGCAGUGACCUCACAUUAGUGUUGGCACGAACUUUAAGAACCAUUAACUGUGGAAUUACAUUUUUAUGCUUCCAAGCAUUUGAUUGCCUCCCAUAAAAGAGCUGAAAAUGAGAAUGACUAAAUUAUGGAGACUUAAAAGGAGCAAUUUCCACUGCUUUACCAUAGGUGAGGUGUUAUUUUAAAUGGGCAGGAGGCAUCCACUCAUGCAGUGUAAGGUCAUAGUCAGGGCUAUAUUAAUGUACCUCUGGCUGGGAGGGGCCUGGA